CGUUGCAACCACUGUUGACAGUCAACAAUCAUGUGGUUCUCUACUUUAGCAUGUGUGACAUUGACAACUGCCGCAACGCUGCAACCAAUCACUUCGAGAAACAUCGAGGGAAGCGUACGUUCCUCCGAGUCCAACAGAAACAUCAUCGAGGAAGGAUGGGGAGCGGUGAAAUCACUAUUUGACAAUCCCUCGAAAAUCACAGACACGAUACACGAAGAUUUUGAUUCUUUGUCUACUUCAGCACACACGUGGUACGAAUCGCAAUUUCCAGACACGGGAGAGUCUUUCUGGGACAAAAUCAUAGAGCUCGGUCCAUAUGUCAAGGAUUAUAGUGACGAGCUUUUUCAUCACGCCAUGGAGCUGUAUCCAUCCGAAAAGCUCGCGGAGUUCAGGGAAUCUAUGGUUAACGUCACUGCCACUGCCACUGUACUGCACAAAGUCUGUAGUGACGCUGCAGAGGACAGUGGCGUCUCUCUCUACUCCGUAACAGAAGAACUUGAGGACAUCUUCACUGUCCUAUUCGAAGAGCUUAUGGAGAUGUUCCCGCCACCUAACGAGGCUCCUGGUCAUAACAACCGUACAAUCAUGAUCAGCACGGCCCUCGAUCGCAUUGAGCAAAGUUUUUUACAGGUCGCUACCAAGGUCGGAGUCAGCGAAGAAUUGUUGCAAAGUGACUCUAGUUCUCUCAAGUUCGCUGUUCAACAGGUUGCCGUAACCACAGGAGACCUUGUCGAACAGCACCCCGUCAUCGCCCGUGCCCUCUUGCUCGUUGCGAUUGAUAUCUUAUUACCUGAGAUCGAAAUCAGUGGAUGGCUUCUUCCCCAACUUCUCCGUUUGUUCGGAUUUGGACGGCAAGGACCAAUCAAAGGUGGAAUUGCUGCGUGGUUGCAACGUUGGAUAUUUGGUGCCACUAUCCCAAAGGGUAGCUGGUUCUCGGUGCUCCAGCGCCUAGCCAUGAUGAGUACAAAGCUUUAAGUAUCAUUGAAGUUGUUCGGGUUUCAGCAGUCGUUUGUUUCAUGUCAGGGAAAACCCUCGGGGUCUGUUUUUAUGUUUAUACUUAAGGGACGAUUUUUGAUACCUCAAGUGUAUUCCAGAUUACAUGUUGUAAAUGUGCUCGAGCAUCCACGAAAUUGAGCCUAGGAUCCAACCCAGUCAAGCAGUCUAUUUGACCUUCCCUGUUUUUUUUUCGCAGUUGA